AUGGCUUCCUGCAGCAACCGAGCAUGCGGUGCCGCUCGCCGUCUCCUGGUCAAGCUCGCUCACGCCGAGGAGACGCUGGACGAGAGGAUGCUGAAGAUGGAGAGGAGCAUGCAUCGAGCGGCUGACAGCAGCAUGCUCUUCUGCUCGCGGCCGAUGCAGGCAGCCCUGACGAGGAGGAGCUUCCAGGUGCUGAUGCUGCUGCUGAGCGUGGUGUACUCGAGGAUGCUGGUGGGGUGGGUGAGGAGGCUGGGGAGGGGGGGAGGGACGUCGUACCGGGUGUUUUCCCUGUCGGUGCUGGAGGCUCGGAACGGGUCGCUGGCUCCUGUGAGGGCGCACGUGACGAGCUUCGGGAUGCUGCGAGACGAGCAGGACGUGGAGAAGGCGCUGGAGGAGGGGGCGAGGGUGGUGGAGCGAGCGAGGAGGGAGGAGGACGGGGCGGUGGUGAUCAGGUACGAUAGGAGGGUGGAGGUGAACGGGUUCUACUUCGUGACGGCAGAGGCGGAGGAGGAGCUCGACCCGGUACGCUUCGUGGUGUACGGGGAGGAGGAGGACGGGAGGAGGACGGUGGUGGGAGCGUCGGGCUGGAACCUGGACUGGCUGCGGGCAGACGCGUCGCCGUCACCUCCGUAUGUGUUUGACGGGAGGAAGGAGCACAAGACGACGAGGAGGAGGAGGGCGGUAGAGGCGAUCGACCUGCGUCCUCCUCUAGCCUGGAUGGUCUUGCUGGUGAUCCUGAACAUCUUCCGGCUAUGCGCCUUUCUUGUUCCGCUGCUGCUGAGCGUGGGAGGAAGGGAGGAGGAGGCGAAGGUAGCAAUGCACGCAUGUACCUUGCUGAUCGGCAUCUGCGUCGUGGGGCUGAUGUACCUGGACGGCCAUUAUCUCGCCCCCAAGUGCUUCAACCUUUUCUUCGUGUGGGGAAUCUUCAUCCUCUUCUUCUUCGAUCGCGAGCAGACGUUCUGGACCGGCUUCCUGGUGCUCUGCGCCAUCUGGGGCUCUGCGGGGAUGCUGCUGCGGUCGUCCUUCAUCUCCAUGCCAGGAAUGUGCGGGUGCUCGUUCGCGGUGGUUGUGCUGCUGCGGCGGAGGAACCUGGUGCUGGAGAGCUCGCUGCUGUGCAAGAAGCACAUGCGGGAGCAGACGAAGAGGUGGCAGGAGAUGAUGAGGGAGGAGGGAUGGAGGGAGGACCUGGCGAGGCUGGAGCAGCUGACCAACAGGAUGGCGAGCAGCAGACGAGGGAGGAGGCGAGGCAAGGGAGAGCCGGAGGGAGCAGGAGCAGGACGAGGAGGAGGAGCCGGAGGGAGGGUGUACCAGCGAGACGACAAGGAGCGGAGCGAUCAGGAUCGCUUCCUGCUGUCCUCGAGCGUCCCCGCAGACGCCGUGUGCUCGCUCGCUCGCUUGUACGCGCAGGCGGAGCUGGUCAGGAGCAUCCUGGCAGUCAAGGGAGCGGAGGAGGAGGAGCUGGUGGGGCUCAAGGAGGAGGGGAGGGCGAUGGAGAAGGCUGUGCGGGCGCGGGUGGCGGUGCAGGACCUGAGGGGAGCGAUAGGGUUCCUGGAGGCGAUGGAGGAGGAGGAGGAGGAGGUGGCGGUGGAGGGGAUCAAGAACCGGAUGGCGGGACGGGGAGGAGAGGCGAACGGGAGGAAGGACGUGAUAGUGUACGUGAGGUUGGAGACGGAGGAGGCGAGGAGGAUGGGGGUGAGUGGGCAUGUGUGCGAGGUGCAGGAAGUACAGGCUGCUCCGAUGACGCGGGACGAGGAGGACGAGGACGAGGACGAGGACGAGGACGAGGACGAGGACGAGGACGAGGACGAGGACGAGGACGAGGACGAGGAGGAAGUUGGGGGAAGCGUUUGUAGCUAA